AUGUCGGACCCAUAUGGCCAGUACCCACCUUAUAACGCUCCAGCUCCAAACCCUAGCGGCGGGGCAUUCUAUGCGCCCCAGGACGCCCCGCAUGAUUAUGGACCUCAACAACCAUAUGGGCAGCCCGGGCAGCUUGAUCAGUAUACGGGUGCCUACAGUUCCCAGCAUGAUUUGAGCCAGCAACCGCAACAGUAUCAGCGCGGGUCAUUCGAGCCACAGCCUCAGCAGCAGCCGCAGAGGGAUUUUCUGAGCCCGUCUGAUGCGCUGGGGUACCAGCAUGCGCCCGGAAACUACGAAGCUAGAGGUCGCCAGGGCAGCAACGCUGAGUAUUAG